UCCUGCGGAAGUAAACAAUCCUCAGCUGACGUGGAGCUGCAGUCUGUUCCCCACCAGCUGGACUAACUGGAUCAACUGGAACUAAAUCCACUGGUUUAGAGGAACAUUUGUUGUUCUAGUCUCUGUCUUGUUUUAAUAUUUAUUAAAUGGGCUCUGCUGGUGUCGUCUAAAUUUCCGGGAUAACUAACGGUCGUCGUUAAGACACUGAAAACUGUAAAGUGAAAAUGGCGGCAGCGGAGGAGGCCAGCAGACCGUUCGCAGGGCUGUCAGAUGUCUCCAUCUCGGAGGACAUCCCGGUGGAGGGGGACAUUUCCGUGCCCGUCGGCUCCUCCGCCAGCCGGGACGACGAGUUCUCCACGCUGGACGAGCCCGUGAAGGAGACCAUCCUGCGGGACCUGCGCGCGGUCGGGAACAAGUUCAUCCACGUCCUGUACCCGAAGCGGAGCACGGCUCUGCUGCGGGACUGGGACCUGUGGGGCCCGCUGCUGCUCUGCGUGACGCUGGCUCUGCUGCUGCAGGGUGGCGCGGCCGACAGCGACUACCAGGGGGGACCGCAGUUUGCUGAGGUCUUCGUCAUCGUCUGGUUCGGCUCCAUCAUCAUCACCCUCAACUCCAAACUCCUGGGCGGCACCAUCUCCUUCUUCCAGAGCCUGUGUGUGUUAGGAUACUGCAUCAUGCCUCUGACAGUGGCCAUGGCCGUGUGCCGGAUCGUCCUGGUCGGCGGCUCGGGGACGGUCAGCUUCGCCGUGCGGCUGGUGGUGGUGACGGUGUCCUUCGGCUGGUCCACCUUCGCCUCCACGGCCUUCCUCGCCGACAGCCAGCCACCCAACCGCAAGGCGCUUGUUGUGUACCCGGUGUUCCUCUUCUACUUCGUGAUCAGUUGGAUGAUCCUGACGUUCUCACCGUGACAGUAGGAAAAAUCAAAAAGGGAAGUGUUUGUUAAACGGACAAAGACGAGGGAGGUUUUUGUGGAGUGAAAGAACUCAAACAAACACCGGUAUCUGCCUUGGGACGAAGACGAAUGACUACUGAAGUGACUGUGAGUGUUUCUGGGCCUCUGAUAAAUCAUUUAGAGUCACGGGACACCAAAAUAAUUCCUUUCAGGCGAAGCUCUCACUCAGACACAGAGGGGUCCAGCGGACGCUGUGCAGCAGGUGGAGAGUUAAAAAGCUGAUGAAUAUGUUCACAUGUACGACCUGUGUAAAUAUAAAGUCCAUAGGCUUGUAUAUAGAAAUGCUCUAUGAAUGUUUAAACUACCAGGGCUCAUGUUUUUCUUCUGGUCUCUCUGGGAUCUCAUACUGUCUUAAGGACACUGUUUCAGAAACAUCCUGACAGCUCACACCUUCACACUACAUCCUUCAUUUUUCGACACUUGACUGUCGAGCUGUAAGUGAGCGGUUCAAGCCAGCUGUCCUGUGUAGUUUUUGGCUCUCGUUGUCCUUUUUCAACAUGUUUCUUUUAGUGUUUUGGGGGGAUGUUUUUGUUUUUAUUAGACAAAUGAAAGGAGAGAGAGAAAGGGAAUGACAUGAAACAAAGGUCACCAGCUGGAGUCAAACUUGGGAGCGUGUCAUUACAUGUCAUCCCCGAGACCACCAGCGCACUUUCUUGUCUGUAUGACAAAUACGAGGCCGUGGACAGUUAGCUUAGCUUAGCACAAUCUGGAAACGGGCAAACAGCUAGCCUGGCUCUGUCCAACUAAACAAAAUCCACCUACCAGCACCUCUAAAACUCCAUGAACACAUUAUGUCUCAUUUGUUUUGUCUCCGUAAAAACGCCGUAGACGUGGUAUUAAUCUUCACAUCCAAGUCUCUGCAAAGAAGUGUAAUUCCCAAAUUGUCAAAAAGUUUCUUUGAGGAAUAAAUAUAGUCUGAAACAGUGGUUCCCAACUGGUGGAUCGGGCUCCAAAAAUGGGUCACGGCCCAUUCUGAAUGGCGACGAAGGGCCGUUUCCUGCUGUACAGUGAGUGACUAACCGACAGCUACUUGACAGAAACAGAAAACCAGCUCAAUGACAUGGCUGAACACAAGUAUGACGCUGCAUGUAUUAAACAGAAGGACCUCAAACUGGACCCCAUGGCUGCACCAGUUGGGAACCACUGAUCAAAAAUGGAUGCAGACACAGACGUUAGAUGCAUGUAGUUCUGUUUCUACUUCUAAACAUGAGCAGAUAGCGAAGUGUGGACCCCUCACACAGUAUAAUUUGGACUUAAAUUUGGUUUUCUUUGUAUUUUUGCCUUUUCUUCUUCUAGAAGUUAAACACCACAGACAAUAGAGAGCAAAGCAAAUAUUACAGUGCCAGGUGCAUAUUUUAUUGACAUAACCUCAAUUUGAUCAUUAGAAUUAUUUAUCAGUGGUGUGAAGAUGGUAGAUGAGUUUUUUUUGUUAGUCAGAAUGUUUUCGGAUUAUAAGUUUUGAUGUUUCUUGGAUUGGCUCAACACAUCAUGUCUCUGAUUUCAGUUAUUCAGACAGACCGACGAUGUGAAAGCAAACCAGUAAUUCAGUCUGAGUGUCAGGAUCAUUAUUUCCUCUGAUGCAGACACAGUGGAUGUGGCAGUCAGCUUUGCUCUCUGCGGCGUGUUUCACUUUGUCAAAGUAGAGCAAAGGCCAACUGUUGAAUCAGUCAGCCUUCGUCUGUCUUUGUUCUUCGAGGUCUUUGUGUGUAAAACGAGAGAAGAAACUCAAGUCUCUUGGGUGCAAAAAACUAAUGUUAAAGAGGUCAGAGCUUCCUGUUAGAAGACAGGAUUUAGGAGAGAGUUGUGAUCACAGGACACAGACUGUUUCAUUAUUUUUUCUUUUGUAAAAAUCCAUCAUGAAACACAGACUAGAUUUGUUUGUGUUUUUUCCCUUGUGGAUAACUGACCAACUGCAACAUCAACAAAUGUUUUGCACAAUUUUGCACCCACAUUAAACAAUCCUGCAGGGAGAAAUUAUUUCUAGAAGUGAUACAUAUUUGGGUUUAGACUGAGGUGAUGAUGACCCAUCUCAUAAUCUCAUAGUUGUUACCUGCUUGUCAAACCCACAGCUGAAUGAUCACACUGACAAAUGUAGUAAAUCACUAACUGAGGUAGAAGUGGAAGCAGCAGUUUGGGGAAAGUUGGUGCAUCCAAAAAGAACAUUGCAGAAGUUCAUACAAGAAAUUAGGCUGAUGAUACAACAGUGAUUUUGUUCAUAAACGACAUAAAAGUAUGAAGUUUCAGACUGAUCCAGAUUUUUCUCCCUCUGCUAACCUGCCCGAUGACCUUUGACCCUCCACAGAUAACCUGUCCUUUCUGUUCUCUUGAAUCACUGGGGCUUUCUUUGUUGAUAUCUUUUAAUUUAUGUGUUUUCAGUUACAUCAACGAAUGGAAACGAUUAAAAUAUAUUUCAUCA